UUUCAGUCGUAAGAUGAUUCACUUGUAAGUUCAGUCACAUACUUAGCAUUUUUGGUUCAUCAUGGAGUUGUUAUGUAUUUUCAUGGUUAGAUUUUUUUUUUUUUGGUCGUAAUCCAGCCAAAUCGAUCGCUUCUCGUUAAUUCUUUUUGUAUCAUAUAUUCCCACCCAUAGGUCCUGAAGAUAUUCUAGAAUGUUAUUUCCUGCAAGUUCUGGGUUUGCUAUUCGUAUUCAGGUCUCUGUUCCCCCCGAACAGUGUGUGGCUGGAAGGACCGCUCCAUCACCACUUAUGUUGGCGGCGCCUCUUCCGGCUCUCCUCAGGAGCCGGGAUCGCUGGCCUGUUCUUUUAUCAGAAAGAAGAGAUCUAUAUUUUGUUAAUUAAGGAACGUUUUGUGUCCAAUAAGGUUUUCGUCAAUAUGCGUGAAAACGCCACAUUAAGCUUAUUUCGUCUGUGAAUACUUAAGCGAAAAAAACACCUCGCCAACAAACUGCCCGGCGACGGACUUUAGGCGCCUCCUUUAGCGUCUCCCCGCGGUCGCCACCACCCACCUUUUCCCUACGUCGCAACACGCAGGCGCGCCAGGGCUCACGCGCCGCGCACCGAAGUGCGCCUGCGCCAGGAGACGCCACGCCCAGCCCCCGGCCGAAUAUAAAGUGUGGAGCUUCUCCUCGCGAGAGACUUCGUGUUCAUGCUCGCUGCAGGGGUCGGAGGUCAGGGCGAGCGUCUCGCGGGCCGUAGGAGGAAGAUGGCGGUGGAAUCGCGCGUUACCCAGGAGGAAAUUAAGAAGGAGCCAGAGAAGCCAAUCGACCGCGAGAAGACAUGCCCGCUGCUGCUGCGGGUCUUCACCACUAAUAACGGCCGCCACCACCGAAUGGACGAGUUCUCCCGGGGAAACGUACCGUCCAGCGAGUUGCAGAUCUACACUUGGAUGGAUGCAACCUUGAAAGAACUGACAAGCUUAGUAAAAGAAGUCUACCCAGAAGCUAGAAAGAAGGGCACUCACUUCAAUUUUGCAAUUGUUUUUACAGAUGUUAAAAGACCUGGCUAUCGAGUUAAGGAGAUUGGCAGCACCAUGUCUGGCAGAAAGGGGACUGAUGAUUCCAUGACGCUGCAGUCACAGAAGUUCCAGAUAGGAGAUUACUUGGACAUAGCAAUUACCCCUCCAAAUCGGGCACCCCCUCCUUCAGGGCGCAUGAGACCAUAUUAAAUUCUAUUCACUAUUUCUUGAAUUUAUUUUUCGGUCAGUUGUGUAAAAUAAACUUUUCCUCCCCUGAUUAUUGCCAUUAAGCCUUUAAAUUCCAAACAAAUUAUCAUGCAUCAUCUAUUUAGGAAUUAGAUUUGGAUGUGCUAUCGUAUGGUUACUAAUAGAAAGUCCGUAUGUUUCAAGCCCUUCUGUAAAAUAUGAAGAAAAGUGCUCUUAGCAUUCUGUGUAAAACUGUACUGUUAAAUAUAUGUAUGUAAUCAGCUUGAGUGUGCAAGUUAAUGGAGGCCUGGGAGCAGGGUUUAUACUAAGUAGUAUGGUUAAGCCCCCAGCGGGCAGAACAAGAAAGCAACGAGAUUGUAUGAAAUCAAACAUGAGUUUGUGGUGUAGACUGCUGUAUGCAGUUGGAAAGGGUGUGCGAGAGUGAGCUCAAGUGGCAGCAGAGGCAGUUUGGAAUAGUAAGUAUAAGCUGAGGCAAGUUGGAGCAGCUGUGUUGGAGGUGAUUGGCCUGCCUUGAUUAGGGUACCAUGACAUAAAAGGCUAACAGGUACCACAGUGAGGGCUCCUUAUAUUUUUAACAUGUGGGGAAUAGGGCAUUUUAAAGGCUGGAACCAGUUCAGAGGAAACAAGGAUUUGGACUUAUGGUAAAAGUGGAAAGGUUUACUUUGAAGAUCUGCAGAUGGAGGCAGGGGUACAGGAGGAAUUUUAAGACUGACAGAGAAGCACUAAAGACAAGGUCAGGUUGAGUGAAUAGCAGGUAUUCACACAUCCUCCUAGGUGCUGGGUACUGGCCUGCAUCUGAUUUGAGAGGCAGUGAUUAAGACCAGUGCAUAGAAACAUUUAAAUCCUGAUUGCAGCAGUGGCUCUGUAACCUUGGAUAAUUUACUUGAAUCUUUAUUUUGUAAAAUGGAGAUAAUGGCCUAUAGGACUGUGAAGACUGAAUAUUUUAAAAGAGCUUAGAAUAGUGCCUGACAGAUGAGAAACCAUAAAUACUGGUUAUUAGCUGUAAAGUGGGAUUAAAACCGGAACUCUUCUCUUCCAUGGCACUGUUACAGUCUCGUUGUGAAGUUUAUGAACAAUAUGACAGAGUGUAUUGUCUAAUUCCCUUUGUUACAGUAGCAAAUUAAAAAUGUAUAUCCCAAAAUUUAAUAAAAUUGGACUAGUUUUAUCUGGUACAUACAAAAACAGCCAUUUAAAAUCUAAUGAUUCUGUGGAGUUGGUGUCGCUGUUGGUCAGCAGUGGCAGAGACCAGCCUGGAGCCUAUCUGGUGCCUCUUCUGUGCUGAGAUUUACCCCAAACCUUUAGGUGGUUUAUUCAUUCAGAUUAGAUAGACUGGAGCCUUAUUAACUAUAAAGCCUUAUUAACUUUAUAGUUAAUUUAAACCUAGCUUUUUGGAGAAUAGCCAUGAUUAACUUCCUAUUCGUGGGGAGAAAAAAACCCUGUGAUUUACUAUGCAGAUGAGGGUAGGAACUAAAUAAAGCCCGAGUGGUUGGGCUGGUUUGUGAAAUUCUACCCUUUGCUUGGUUCCAACAUGGAAUUUUUCCUUUGAAGAUUUCAAUAUUCCAUCAAAAGUACAGUUAGAGAAUGCCUAGUGAAUUUAUUGAAUAUAAUGUUAAGAAUCAAAAGACUUGUACUUGGUCCUGGUUUACCUCUGGGUUUGGUAAGUAACUGUGACUUUGAGUAAUAACAGCUGUUUCCCCAAAUAUAAAAUAAAUAGUCAUCGUGACAGCCUCUUGCUCAGUGCUUUAGUGUCUGCCCUGGUUGCCUCAUUUGCUCAUAAGUCUUUUGGAAUUGACAUUUUCCCUUUGGAAUAUGUGAGUUAUAGUACAUAACAUUGCCUAUAAUGUCUUUUUAGUUUUUCACGGUGUACAAAAGCUGGGACAGUUGUGCCCAGCUGAUCACUGACUCAGGUAAUGUUUUAGGUAUCAGUUUUAUGCAUGUGACGGGCGGGUAUGAAUGGGGGUAGAAAGAAACAUAAAACUAUUAGGCUAGGUUUAAAAUUCUCUAAAAUUUAACUGAUAAUAAAGAGCUGAACUUGA